CUCCUUCCUGGAGUGUCGUCUGGAAAUCCCUGGCCUCCAGCAGGUAUAUCAUGGAGCUGGCCCUACCUGCCAUCCUAUUUAUCCUGUUUCCUGGAGCCCUGCUGGGGAGCGAGAACCCCACAACUGACUCCUACAGCUUGUCCCCUACAACAGACAGCCCUAGCACUCCCCUGGAUUCUGUGUGUGGACGUCCCAGGGCUUCAGGCCGCAUUGUGUCUGGGCAGGAUGCCCAGCCAGGCGAGUGGCCUUGGCAGGUCAGCGUGAGGGAGAAUGGGGAGCACGUGUGUGGGGGCUCCCUGAUUGCUGAGGACUGGGUGUUGACGGCUGCUCACUGCUUCAGCCAGGAGCAGCCCCUGUCUGCCUACACAGUAAUGCUGGGUACCAUUUCCUCCUACCCUGCGGCCAAUGAGCCCAAGGAGCUGAGAGCUGUGGCCCAGUGUAUCAAGCCCUCGAGCUACUCAGAAGAUGAGCACAGCAGUGGAGACAUCGCCCUGGUGCGGCUGGCUUCAUCCGUCUCCUUCAAUGACUACAUCCUUCCAGUCUGCCUUCCAAAAUCUGGAGACUCCCUGGGCCCUGGCACCCAGUGUUGGGUCACGGGAUGGGGGAACACCGCCACAAAUAGACCUCUCCCACCACCAUUCACCCUGCAGGAGUUGGAGGUGCCUCUUAUUGAUGCCCAAACCUGCAAUGCCUACUACCAGGAGAACUCCGUUUCCAGCACGGAGCCUGUCAUCUUGGAAGAUAUGCUGUGUGCUGGCUUCGUGGAGGGCGGGAAGGAUGCCUGUAAUGGUGAUUCCGGAGGUCCCCUGGUCUGUGACAUUGAUGGUGUCUGGAUCCAGGCAGGGGUGGUGAGUUGGGGAACCGAUUGUGCCCUUCCCAAGAGACCAGGUGUUUACACCAACGUCAGCGUCUAUACCUCAUGGAUUACGAACACAAUGUGGAACUCAGCCCUAGAAGUGAAGAGUUUCUCUCCAAGCCUUGCAGGGACCUCAGUCUCUGGCCCGUUGCUGUUCCUGGCAUCCCUGGCUAGCACCUUAUGCUUCCUGGGGCCCUAACCUGCAACCUCAAUAUCCAGACCCCUGUAUUUGGAACUUUUGUCCUCUCUCUGCCCCCAGGCUAUAGCGGCUUCUCUCAGGGACCCCCUUCUUGUGCCCUCUUUGCAUAGCCACAUAAGUAUGCCCUCCGUGGUCUGCUUUCCACGGACCCUCUCCUCACUCCCACAGAGGCCUAAGACCCUUGGAACCAUCAGCUAACUCUGGUCUCCUGGCCCCCAGGAGCCCUGAGCAGGGGAAGUCUUUGGAUUUCCAGGAGCGGAGGGACAAGAAUCUUUCUUGCCUCUCACUCCAGGGCAGAGCCCAGGGUGCAGCCACCUUUCAGGGUAUCCUCUGAUGGCUUCUGUGACUGGCCUGGUCCCUCUAGAGUGAGCCUGUAUCUGAAGCAAUAAAAACUGGAUGCAGCAGG